CAUGAAAAGCCCAGCUCUCACCUGCCGCCACAACACAUCAGACAUCGAGAGCAAGAAAUCCCCGUCUGAGGCCACUUACAAACUCCGCAAAGCCAAAUCUCUGAUGUUCCUCAGUUCCAACUACAGACCCCAACAUCCUCCUCUGCCUCCUCAUCAGCAUCAAGAUGCCCAAACUCAGCCUGAACAGGCGUCUUCUGGUAACAGUCAUUCUGUCACUAAGGAGACCACCAGGAGCCUGCUGUGCCUGGCCCAGUGGAAUGCUGGGGUCCGUCCAGGGCCCGUGAGGUCGGCAGUUCCCCAGCUGAGUGUGGAAACGCUCACAGCGCAGCUCUCCCAGUUCACCACUGUUUGAAGUUCAACCAUGGACUGUGGCUGCUUCACACACACACACACACACACACACACACACACACACACACACACACACACACACACACACACACACACACACACACACAAUAAUGAAGAGCAGAAUACUUCGCCCUUGUCAGGAAGACAUGAGAACUACACUUUGAGGACACAACUCAUGGUUCCAGCUUGUGCUUUGCAACUGAGGUUUAUUUUCAGGGUUUUGUGUAAAGACCUUUGGAUGGAGAAGUGCUUAAAAUUUGUGUACAAUAAUUUUUUUUAAUAUUAAUCACUUGAUUGAAUUACUUGAAAUACUGUAUUCUUGGAAUAAAAUGAACUGAAAGGAAAAAAAUAUCACCCAGUAACAUUCUUUUUUUUUAAACAGUAGUUUGCAUGAUCCAUAAUCGUUUUUUAUUUAUAUUAAUUAAAUUGUACUCCACAAAGCAAACACUAAACAGGAAAACGUUACAUUUUGUGUUAAACAAAUAAACUUCAGCACCACUCUUGCCACAGCAUGUUUUACAUUUUACUUUGAAGGAGGAAUGGCUGUCAGGUUUCUGGUUGUGAUUGGUGUCUAUAUGUUUAACUUGACAAAGCUUUCUCUCUCCUUUUCCUCUCGGCAGGUUUUUUGCUUUUAUUGCGAGUGAUCUGAGCAGGAGAAGGACGACUUCUCAGACUAGUGAGAUGUAGACUUCAAUCUGUGUUUUCUGCACGGUACUUUAUUGUGUAGAAGUAAAAAAACUCUUCACGUAGAUAACAUUUAUUUCACUCGACCUUUCACUUCAGGGGUGAAUUUGUUGCGAUAGGGAAUUACAGUAUGUAAUAUAUUCUAAGCUUUGUCUAUGCAAAAACAAAUCUGUCACACUUGUAUUUUACAGCAUCACCGUGUUCACACCAGCUGUUCUCUAGUUGUCGUCAUUAGAGCAAUUAGAGAUCUGCACACUCCACACUUUACACUUCACUGUGGUUUGCAUUGCAGCAGCUCUCCCCUCCUGUGUGUGACAGACUGUGACAGCCAGUGUGUCUCUAUGGAAACAAGUAAACUGUGCACAGGAGAGUAGGGACGACGAAGACGAGAACAAGAGUUUGGUGCAGGGACACAAAAGAGGCCAUCAGGAGCAAGCACAUGACCACACACAUCACUAAUACGUAGACCCUGAGAUGCCACAUCCACCACGAUCUGCCAACAACUGUGGCAAAAUGCAGACAAAACUGAGCGCCUGGACUCCUCUGAACCAUCCUGUGGCAAACGGCAAGAUAUUUGAAGAACGACGGACUCUUCUGGCAAAGUGGUUUGACAGGUGGUCUGACAGCCAGAGGAGAGCAGUGCUACAGGACUUUGUACUGAGCUGUUCACCAGGGCAGCUGAAGUUCCUGAGCCUCAUUGUGAGCAGACGGCUCCCCCUGCAGGCAGCAGACUUCACUUGCCUGCUGCCCAGAGCCCUCUGCCUCUACAUCUUCUCCUUCCUGGACCCUCGCAGCCUCUGUAGAUGUGCUCAGGUGAGCUGGCACUGGAAGAACAUUGUGGAGCUGGACCAGCUGUGGAUGCCCAAGUGUCUGAGGUUCAGCUGGUGCAUCAGUUUCUCCCCCUCACCGCUUCAGCAGAGCGUCAAGAUAAUAAUACAAAAGAAACAGAUGUUUCAAUGUACAAAUGCACAAAAUGUACAAAAUUCCUUGAUCCACCUCCAGAGUGCUACGUCCAUGCAGUUGGUGAUCCCAAAAGUAAAAAGGGUGAGCAGCAGACAUGAGGAUGAGCCAGAACCAGCCUUACUCACCCAGUCUCUGAGAAGAAAGCCAAGCAAGAGUGCUCUGCCUCCAUGGAGAGAUUCUGACAGACGUCCUAAAGACACACUGCGUUUUAACUACCUGGACAACCUGAGCCCCAUCAAACAAGCCCUGGAAACCCACAUGAAAAGCCCAGCUCUCACCUGCCGCCACAACACAUCGCAGCCAGACGUCGAGAGCAAGAAAUCCCCGUCUGACGCCACUUACAAACUCCGCAAAGCCAAAUCUCUGAUGUUCCUCAGUUCCAACUACAGACCCCAACAUCCUCCUCUGCCUCCUCAUCAUCAUGAUGCCCAAACUCAGCCUGAACAGGCGUCUUGUGGUAACAGUCAUCCUGUCACUAAGGAGACCACCAGGAGCCUGCUGUGCCUGGCCCAGUGGAAUGCUGGGGUCCGUCCAGGGCCCGUGAGGUCAGCAGUUCCCCAGCUGAGCGUGGAGGCUCUCAGAGUGUGGAAACGCUCACAGCGCAGCUCUCCCAGUUCACCACUGUUUGAAGUUUAACCAUGGACUGUGGCUGCUUCACACACACAGUAAUGAAGAGCGGAGUACAUCGCCCUCGUCAGGACGACAUGAGAACUACACUUCGAGGACACAACUCAUGGUUCCAGCCUCUGCUUCACAACUGAGGUUUCUUUUUAGGAUUUUGUGUAAAGCAAAAUAAUACGUUUUUAUAUUAAUAAUUCUCUGAAAAUAGUAUAUACUUGAAAUAAAAUGCACUUAAAGGCGAAAAAAAAUUCCCAGAAGCAAAUGUGUUAUUCAAACAGUAGUUGUAUGUACUACACAUAGUUUUUAUUAUUUAUAUUAUGAUUGAAUUGUGUUACACAAAGCAAACAAAUGAGCUAGAGUUUUGUUCGUAUGCACUCACAAGGUCUUCUAUAAGCAGAAAAAUAACCUCCACAGGAAAACGUUACAUUUUGGAUUAAAUUGUGAUAAGGUAAAAAAAAAACUGUAUAAAAACAAUUAUAAUUUAGCACCAUUUAAAUCCCAUGUUUUACAACUUGCUUAUGCGUCGCGUUUUCCACAUCUGAUAAAUAAUCCAAUGGAAACAGUUCGUGUAAGAAAUGUACCACCUUUAUUAUCAUCCAAUCCACUUUGUCCCAUUCAGAAUGCAGUACAAAAGCCAAAGCAAUCUAUAUAAAAACGACGAGUUUGAACUCCAACAAUAUUAAACAUAGCUGUCAGUUUAAGACCCAACACAAACAAAAUCAACAUCAUUUUUUCUCUCAGUAUUCAACACACAGUAGCAGAUCAUGAGAGGAGCUUCGUGUACAUCAAUCAUGACAGACGACGUGACGUUUCUUUCAGAAAAUCACUUCAGUCAAAAGAAAUAUCAGUAUCAUACGUACACUUCACUUUAAGUCUCAUUCACACUCUUUACGUGAGAAA